AUGAACGACACCACAGCGGCUGACCAGCCUCGAUCUCAAUCCGAACAUGGCUCCGACGCGACAGACAAGGACCGCACUAGCGUCUGCACAUUCGAAAAGAAACUCCAUGGUACACCUCCUGAUGUAACGGCGCGCGCGUAUGACACGAGGAAACGACAACUAUCAAUAUUCGUGCUCGAGAACCACGAAUUCGACUCUCAGGUCUUUCAGGCGCUUAUGAAUAUCGAGGCUACGCUUAUUAUCCCCGUCGCUCAACCGCAAUGCCUCCGCAGACAGACACCCGAUUGGAAGACGUUACACGAAGAGUUGUCUGACGAGAACGAAUAG